GUCCAAUUUCCGCCUUCUUCAAUAUGCCAUCUUCUUCCGUUGCCGACCUCAGCAGCAUCUUGACGUGCUCGAUCGCAGUCCUCGGCGCCAUGUACCCGCAAGAUACCCAUCUCAUGGAGCUUGGCAGCAUCGUCGGCGUCCCCGAGGUAGCCGAGCCCCAGAAGCCGACGGCCCCCAUCAAGUUUAUGGGCACGCGACUGCGUUGCAUGGAGCUCGAAGAGAAACUGGCUGCGCUGAUAGCCAAGCUCACGUCGGUCACGUACCCCUUCAAAGACGACGUGUUCGACGCCAUGUCUUCACUGCGCCAGCACGACCAGAUGCUGUGCGAGCUCGAAGAGUACAUUUCCGCAGAUCUCCCUGCGAAGGAAGAGUUCCUAUACGGCAACUGCGCGAACAUGCGCGCGACGAUCCGCGAGACUAUGCAGUACCUGCAAGUGCAACUCCAGACGACGUUUGACGCCAAGGGCCAAGCCGAUUACCUCAUGCGGCCCCUCCGUCGCAAAGUCCACCACGCGCGGAAGCUUCUCACGGUCCUUCGGAAAAAGGUGUUUUUACACAACGACUCGACAGACGUGGGCGUCCAGCUGCAUACGAUCGAAGCGCUGCUCCUCGACGCGGAAGAGACCGAUCUGCAGUUUGACUGCCACGCCUUCCAUUACGGCCGCGAUCUCUUAAUAGAAGAAAAGGACCGCAUCAUUGCCGAGUGGAAGCUCGUGCGCCGGGACAUUCGCCAAGUGCGGCGCGCGACCAAAGAAGGGCCAGCUUCGUCGUCGUCGCCGUCCAGCAGCAGCAGUCUCCUCGAGUUCCGCGCCGCGUCGCCAUGCCAGUACUAAUCCAUGCUCGUGCUUGCAACAGUGGAAGAGACAAGAAAGGCGAUUCGAUGUCGUUUGCACGCAAUACAUUGUUUUUGUCUUUUUGUCGUUGGACAACCUUGCACUAAUUUUACACCAACCCGCG